AAGAAAAGACGGAAAAUUAAACUCUAAAUAUUUAGAAAAUAGCUAAUUUAUGAAAUAAUUUACGGUUCGUUAAGUUUACCUACGAAUAGAUUGAAAUAUAAAAAAGAAUCUAAAUCCUGCGGCCUUUCAAAAUUAUAUAGCAAAAGCAAACCCUUAAACAGAGAGAGCGUAUAAAAAGGGCUCAUCGAAGGAGAGUGUAGCCAAAGCAAGAACUGUAAAGCAGAGAGAGCCUUCGUCGGCGACAUAGGAUGCAGAUCUUCGUGAAAACCCUAACGGGGAAGACGAUUACGUUGGAAGUUGAGUCCAGCGAUACCAUCGACAAUGUCAAAGCUAAGAUCCAGGAUAAGGAAGGUAUUCCCCCUGACCAGCAGAGACUUAUCUUUGCCGGGAAGCAGCUCGAGGAUGGGCGAACGCUCGCUGACUACAAUAUCCAGAAAGAGUCGACACUACACUUGGUGCUCAGGCUUCGUGGUGGUAUUAUUGAGCCGUCUUUGAUGGCGUUGGCUAGGAAGUACAAUCAGGACAAGAUGAUCUGCCGCAAGUGCUAUGCCCGCCUGCACCCUCGUGCUGUCAACUGCAGGAAAAAGAAGUGCGGACACAGCAACCAGUUGAGGCCAAAGAAGAAGAUCAAGUAGACUGUUGAUUUUGAGAGAGGAAAUCUAUGCAGAAGUUUAUGCUUUGAUUUAUUUUCUGCAUUGCUUAUGCCUAGAACCAUUUGUUUUAUACUCAUUAGGAGUUUGAAUUGUUAUGUUUUUUCUUUUUAACAUUCUCGAGUAAUUGCGAGAUGACAAAAUAGUAACAAGAAUUUAAAAUAAAAAAUUGAUAUAACUCUUUGAAUAUGUAAUAACUACUUUGGGAAGAAUAACUUAAAAGAUCAUAUAAAAUCUACUUUUUUUAA